GUGCCUUCCGGCUACGACUGCUCACAGUCCCGCCUCUUCCGCUGCGUGCCGGACCAUGGCGCAGGGGCAGCGCAAGUUUCAGGCGCACAAACCCGCAAAGAGUAAGACGGCAGCGGCAGCCUCUGAAAAGAAUCGGGGCCCAAGAAAAGGCGGUCGUGUUAUCGCUCCCAAGAAGGCGCGCGUCGUGCAGCAGCAAAAGCUCAAGAAGAACCUAGAAGUCGGAAUCCGGAAGAAGAUCGAACAUGACGUGGUGAUGAAAGCCAGCAGCAGCCUGCCCAAGAAGCUGGCACUGCUGAAGGCCCCGGCCAAGAAGAAAGGGGCAGCUGCCGCCACCUCCUCCAAGACACCUUCCUGAGGACGCUGGCCCCAGUGCAGGCCAACACCCCACCCCCUACCUCCAUAUGGGACCUUGCAAGUCAUCCCACAGGCUGCACUGUCAGGAAGAGGACCCUGUCCCCCAGCACUGGGCUUCACCUAGAACUUCAGUGGGGGCCAAGGGUGCUGAGAACCCAGCAAUGACCAGGAAGAUACAGUCACUAACUUCAUCUGUCCCCGUGCCCCUUCCCAGGUCCUGCCUCCACGGGUUUAACCCAGAACAAUAAACCUGGCUUUGACAUCC